GUUAAUUUUAUUAAGUGUGAUAGUGAUAUUCUGGUUAUUAUACCUUUUUUAAAAAGUCUAAUCUGUUAGAUACUAAAGUAUUUGUGGGUGAAAUACCAUAAUGUUUGGUAUGUGGGAUUUGCCUCAAAAUAUACCAGGGGUAAAAAAUGGAAAGGAAGACCUAAAACAAGAUUUGCAUGGUCUUGUUAAGUUACUGAAGCAGAGUGAUGGAUUCAUGGGGGCUCAUUAUACUAUUCUCUGUACUUUUGUGUAUUUUGAAAAUUUUUGUAAUCAAUUUAAAAAAUAAAAGUCAAUUCAUUUACUAGUAGUGCAUGGGUUUAUUGUUUCAGGGAUUGGUGACAUUUAGGGAUGUGGCCAUAGAGUUCUCUCAGGAAGAAUGGAAGUGCCUGGAACCUGCCCAGAAGGACUUGUACAAGGAUGUAACUUUGGAGAACUUCAGUAACUUGGUCUCACUAGGACUUUCCCUUUCUAAGCCCGAUGUCAUCUCCUUACUGGAGCAAGGGAAAGAACCCUGGAUGGUUGUAAAUGAUAUGACAGGACCACGGUGCCCAGACUUGGAGUCCAGGUGUCAUAAAUUUCUACAAAAAGAUAUCUUUGAAGUAGAGUCAUUCGAUUGGGAGCUGAUGGAAAGCCUUACAUGCUGUGCUUUUGAGGGCUCCAGUUUUAGAGAUGACUGGGCAUACAAAGGCCAGUUUGAAAAACAAGUAAAUCAUGAGUGCUCUUUCAAGCAAGUGAAAAUCACCUAUGGAAACAUGCCCACUUUUGAGCAUCAUACAUCCCUCACCCUACAUCCCAGCAAUGAGACUGGUGAGAAACUGAUUGAAUGUAAUGAAUGUGGGAAAGCAUUUAGCCGUGGCUCACACCUUAUUCAACAUCAGAAAACUCAUACGGGUGAAAAGCCCUUUGAAUGUAAGGAAUGUGGGAAAGCCUUCAGUCGUACCUCACACCUUGUUCAACAUCAGAGAAUUCAUACAGGUGAGAAACCUUAUGACUGUAAGGAGUGUGGGAAGGCCUUUGGUCGUACUUCAGAACUUAUUCUACAUCAGAGACUUCAUACUGGUGUCAAACCCUAUGAAUGUAAAGAAUGUGGAAAGACCUUUAGACAGCACUCACAACUUAUUCUGCAUCAUAGAACUCAUACAGGUGAGAAACCCUACGUAUGCAAAGACUGUGGCAAGGCUUUUAUUCGCGGCUCACAACUUACUGUUCAUCGGAGAAUUCAUACAGGUGCUAGACCCUAUCAGUGUAAAGAAUGUGGGAAAGCCUUUAGACAGCAUUCACAGCUUACUGUACAUCAGAGGAUUCAUACUGGGGAGAAACCCUAUGAAUGUAAGGAGUGUGGCAAGGGCUUUAUUCAUAGCUCAGAAGUUACUCGACAUCAAAGAAUUCAUUCUGGGGAGAAACCCUAUGAAUGUAAAGAAUGCGGGAAGGCCUUUAGACAGCACGCACAGCUUACACGACAUCAGAGAGUUCAUACAGGUGACAGACCCUAUGAGUGUAAAGAUUGUGGGAAGGCCUUUAGUCGUAGUUCGUACCUUAUUCAGCAUCAAAGAAUUCAUACAGGUGACAAACCCUACGAAUGUAAGGAAUGUGGGAAAGCCUUUAUUCGUGUUUCACAACUGACUCAUCAUCAGCGGAUUCACACUUGUGAGAAACCCUAUCAAUGCAGGGAAUGUGGAAUGGCCUUUAUUCGUAGUUCACAGCUUACUGAACAUCAGAGAAUUCAUCCUGGCAUCAAACCUUAUGAAUGUAGAGAAUGUGGGCAGGCCUUUAUUCUUGGCUCACAGCUCAUUGAACACUACAGAAUUCAUACUGGCUAGAAAGCCUUGAUGUUAGGGAUGUAGGAAAGCCUUUAUAUGGAAUUCUUGCCUGACUCAAUAUUAGAUAAUGCAUAAUGUAAUGUAAUUAUUGUCAGAGAACCUUCAUUUGUCACCUCCAUUAUGGAACAUCAGGUAACUCAUACCAGAAGAAAAUUGAAUAAACAUGGGAAUUCUUUUUGCCUCACACUCACUGUUUACUAAGCAUCAGAGAUCUUACACUGAAAAAAAAUUAAUAUGAAUAUAGGAGAGCCUCCUGUUACCACUCAAAAUAUGUUAAACUUCUGAGAAUUCCUAAUAGAAAAUGACCCUAUUAAAACAUUUUGUGACUGUGCCUUUCGCCAUAUACCUUACUUAACAUUAUCUCACUUACAGCAAUUACUGACUGUAUAACAUUGGGCAAAUUAAUCAAUGUCUGUGUUCCUCAGUUUACUUAUUUUUAAGCAGUGAUAAUUAUAUGUACCUAAUAGAGUUUCUGUGAAGAUUGUCAGAUGUUUUAUAUAAAGCCUAUGCUCAAUAAAUACUAUUGUCAUUAAUUAAUAACAGCAUUACUGUUAAGGAGUUCAUGUGAGAGGAGGGCCUUAUGAAUGUAUCAAAUAUCCAAAGCCUUCAAAACCACUUGUUAGGAUAAUUCAUUCUGAAAAACAGUAGUAAUGUAUAGUUAUCAUGAGAAGAUCUUCAUUUAAAACGUUGUAAAUUUUGAAGAGUAGAAAUUAACAGAAGAGCAGCCAAAAGAAAUCUGCCCAUUUAGGAAUCCAAAACCACCUCCAAGAAUAACUUCAAGAGAAUCAAACUAAAAUUACAAACUAGAAAUGAAUGGCAGUGAAUUCUGCAUAUCAAAACCAGUUCAGUGUAACUAAAGCUGUACUCCUGUCAGAACCCAAGGAUUAAAGGUAGGGGCUUUGGAACUUCCCUGGUGGCACGGUGGUUAGGAGUCCACCUGCCAAUACAGGGGAUACAGGUUCGAGCCCUGGUCCGGGAAGAUCCCACGUGCCGUGGAGCAACUAAGCCCAUGCGCCACAACUACUGAGCCUGCGCUCUAGAGCCCACGUGCCACGACUACUGAGGCCACGUGCUGCAACAACUGAAGCCCACGCACCUAGAGCCUAUGCUCUGCAACAAGAGAAGGCACCGCAAUGAGAAGCCCACACACUGCAACGAAGAGUAGCCCCCAAUCACCACAACUAGCAAACGCCCCACAUGCAGCAGUGAAGACCCAACUCAUCCAAAGAUGAAUAAAUAAAUUAAUUAAAAAAAAUUUUUUUUAAAGGUAGGGGCUUUGUUCUCUAAGUAGAUCUCCAGCACCUACUCAUUGCCAGUCACAUACUAAACGCAUUAAAUGAAUGGUCAACCCUAAAAGUUAGGGGAAAUUACCACAUAAACCCAAGUCAACAGUAAGAACGAUUAUUAAAAAUAAAAGAAAAAAAUGGG